GAUUUGGUUUGUCGAUCAGCUAUAGUGCAGCUUGUUUCUUCUGUGUUGACGCUGCGCGCUGUGACCGGGGAGCCUGUGACGGUCCUGCGGGGGAUUUAUAUAUCUAUAUUUAUACUUAAUUAUAUAUGUAUGCGUAAAAACAAUGGCCGGUAUUAAAGCCCUGAUCAGCCUCUCCUUUGGAGGAGCCAUUGGCCUCAUGUUUUUGAUGCUUGGCUGUGCCUUGCCUGUGUAUAAUGAAUACUGGCCGCUCUUUCUUCUCUUCUUCUACAUCCUGUCUCCUAUCCCGUACUGCAUCUCUCGGCGCGUGGUGGACGAUACAGACUCGGCGAGUAACGCCUGCAAAGAACUGGCGAUUUUCCUCACCACAGGGAUCGUCGUGUCUGCCUUCGGACUGCCCAUCAUAUUCGCACGUGCCAGCGUGAUCGCCUGGGGGGCCUGCGCCCUCGUCCUGACAGGAAACAUCGUGAUCUUCGGCACCAUCCUGGGCUUCUUCCUCGUCUUCGGAUCGAACGACGACUUCAGCUGGCAGCAGUGGUGAAGCGGAGAACUGUUUUUAAUCGAAACCUACAUCCUUCCCGUGGCGGUCGCCGCGGCAGUCCUUCUUGUCGUCUUUAUUAUUUAUAGUGACUGGCCAUCCGUGUUAAGAGGAAAUCAGUGCAAUAAGUUGUCACUGGGAUCAGUUCGACCUCAGAAAUCUCUUAUUUUUGCUUUUUAUUCUGUGCAUUAGCAACGUUUUUUGUUUUUGUUUUUUUUUGCAGGCAUGAUCAAUGCUUCUCUACAGAAUGUAGAAUGUAUAAUGCCAGGGGAAAAAAAGGCUAAAGUGGCUAGAUAAUUUCUCAAAGUCUGCGGUUAGACUGAAUCGCGGACGAUGUCAUUCGCAGCGCAUCUUUUAGAUUAGCCUUUGACCCUGUGAAUCUGCCAUGUAAUAUUUAAAAAUCGCCUUUUUGCGUAACACGGGUUUAGUUCCAAUUUACGCAGGUAUAAAUGCACUGUCUGCCGGCACAAUUGCUUUAUAGCUAGCACGGUUUCACUGCAACUUUCACUGCUGUUUUGUGAAUAAUUUCGCAAUUUUGACAUCGCCAAGUCUCCGAAAAGGGUGUUUUGAGAUAAAAAAAAAAUAAUGGGGGCCAAAACAAGACAAAGUUGUGUACAGGAGCUACAGGCACUAAGGGCUGACAAGUAACGGAGCGCCGACUAGCAUCAGGUUAACCAUCUUCUGAAAUCACCACUUUAACUUCAAAUGGCGUCAUUAAAACAAAGACUACUUUGUUGUGUUGAUGUAUUUACAUAUUUGUAUAUAAUAUACAAUAAUGAUUAAGCGAUCUUGCCCCAAAAUAGCUGCCCGCUACAAUUUUCAGCUCUGAGGUAACUUCAAAAUUGGUUCAAAUAAAGUAAUUAUUUACUUUACUGCACAGUUAUGAUGCUAAUCCUUCUAGUCUGAAUGUAGUGCACUGGAGCUGUAAGGAAGCUUAGCAAAGAUUAGCAACUCUUAGCCGAGUCAUCAGACCCGUUUCAAACAGCGUCAUGUAGUAGCAUUAGCGCCUACGCUAUUUUAUCCAGUUCUUAAGAGAGUCUGUAUUUACAAAUUGUAAUAUAAUGUAUAUGAUUUAUAAGAUCAAGUGAACUUGUUUUAAAAUGGCCACCCUCUAUAGUAUAUAGCUGUGUGGUUACUUGGUGAUUUAAUAUCCACAAAGGUUAGCAUGAUGCUAUUCCCUCCAAUUUAAUCAAGUGCACUGGAGCUGUGAGAAAGAUUUGCACUGCGCUGGCUGUAAACAUAAAGGGGAUCUGUAUUUACAAAUUUUUAAGUAAUAUACAAUAUAAGAUUAAACAAAGUUGCUCCAAAAUGGCCGCCGCUACAGUUUUCAGCUGUGAGGUAACUUUGUGUCUGCAAGAAAGUCUGUUUAAGAUCACAAUUGGUUAAAAACAUAAUGGUUUACUUCAUUAAACGGUUAUCAUAAUGCUAAUCAUUCUCGUCUAAUUGUAGUGCACUGGAGCUGUGAGGAAGAUUAGCAUCGCGUUAGCUCAUGAAUUGUGUUCAUCGAUCCGUGAGGAAGAUUAGCAGUGUGCUAGCUGUAGAUUGUAAGAUACCAGCAUUUGCAACAAACUGCAUUAGCACGUAAUGCUGUUUUUGUAUAGACGUAAAGAAAGUCUGCAUCUAGAAAUUUUAAUAUUGAAAGAAAAGCAAGGGAUAUUCUCUCAAAAUGUCUGCCCGCUAUAGUUCAUGUGUUAAGUGGUAAAAAAAAAAAAAGUUCUUGACUGCAGCAUGAUUUCAUUCCAUCUAACCUAAAUGUAGUUCACCAGAGCUGUGAGGAAGUUUAGCACCGCGUUAGCUUUUAUUUGAGCAUGUUUUCGUAGCACUAGCACGUUAGCUGUUUCAUUUAGUUCUAAACAGAGUCUGUAUUUAGAAAUUCGAAUAUUGAAAUAAGUAAAUGUUUCAAGAUGGCCGCCGCUAUCAUUUUUUAGCUGUGAGGUCAUUUUGUUUCAAGGUUAAUGUUUAAAAAAAAAAAAAAGAAGAAGAAAACAUAUUAGCCCAAUGCUAAUUUUUCUAGUCUGGAAGUUUGACUUGAGAAAAAAAAAGUAAAAUAAAAUCACAGACUCGCUUCAGUACGUUCAUACUCGCCAUGUAUGUGCGUUUUAAAUCUUAAUGUAGUAAAUGGGAAUAAAACAAACACUGAGGUAAAAAAAAAUUAGCAUGAUGCUAAUUAUCCUAUUCUAAAUGUUUGCGUGGGAUAGAGAGUAGCAUUACGUUGUUGUUCAAGUGUGAGGUAUCUUUGUGUCUUAUACAAUUAGUGAUUCCAUACACAGUUUAGCACGACGCUAAUCCUUCUAGUCUAAAUGUAGCAUUCACCUGAGGUGUAAAAGAUUAGCAUUACGCUAGCUGCACGGUAUUUACACGCGUACUAUAAUGAGCACAUACAGAGAAAAUGGCUUAAACCCAGAGCUAAGCGUGGUGAUUUCGGCAUUCCCAAAGCUUUAUGCUAAUCUUGUUAGCUUUAUUAGCCUUGUAGCUCUUGUGCAAACGGUAAAGAGAACCCGGAUGCUGAUCGUGAAUUUGGGGGUUUUAGAGUUGAGUUUCUUUUUAAUUUCACUGUUGUUUAAAUUUUGUAUUUUUGUUUAGUAGCACUGACAUAUUUGUUACAUUUAUUCAGACGUUUGACAUAAUUUAUUUUCCAUAUCUGUAAGAAGCUGACAGCUGAUUGAUAACUUAUUGUAUUUAUUUAUAUGCCAUUUGUCCUACAGUAAGGUUGAGUGUUACAUUUCAUAUAUCCGCCAAAGUGUACUAGCGUUCGACGACCAAGAACUCCUUUUAUUCACGCUAGAAAUGGACACGAUGCUAAUGGGUCAUUCUUAUUGUGCGUCUUUCGAGGGAAGGUAUUGGUGGGAAUAAAAUCAGUUCUUGGUCUCAAGGCUUUUCAACCCAAAAUAAAAAAUUGAUUUGGGGUCAAUUUAUUAGCAACAUGAAGAAAAAGAAACAAAAAAAAGAAGGAAUUCACACAUUUCUAGUUGAUCCAAAGCACUGUAAAUGUUUCAUUUCGCAUCCUUUGCUUGGUUAAGUUAUAUCUAGGUCUCGUAUGCUGUUUAGAGCUAAAAACAUUGUUGUCAUUGAAAUUUUUUUUUCUUUUCUUUUUUCUUUUUCUUUUUUUUUUUUUAUUAAAUAAAUGCCAUUUUUUAA